AUGUCCCGACCCCUCCCCUGGACCUGGUGCCACAAGCACCUUGACUUUUCCCGCCACUCUGCUCCCUGGGACCUCUGGUCAGUUGAGAAGGGUCUGGGGCCUGCUGGAGCUGUCUGUGGUCCCCUCACCGUGGGGAGCUCCCAGGCCACGGUACCCAGAAGGGUGCUCGACGGCUCCGUGCUGAUCCCAGCCCAGCGUCCAUCCAGGCCCGAAAACAUGGGACAGCCGCUGGCUGUGCUGCUCCUGCUGCUGGUGGGGCUCGCCCUCGACUCCACGGACUGGGUAUCUUUCCUGGUCCACGAAGACGUGCCCGUAGCGGGGGCCCCGCCCUCUGGCCGGGGACGGGACCAGAGCACUAAGGCAGCAAGAGUCUGUGGGCGCCCGAGGAUGCUGAACAGGAUGGUGGGUGGCCAGAAUGCCCAGGCAGGCGAGUGGCCCUGGCAGGUCAGCAUCCAGCACAACGGAAGCCACUUCUGCGGGGGCAGCCUCAUCACUGAGCGCUGGGUGCUCACUGCGGCACACUGCUUCUCCAAUACCUCUGAGACCACCCUGUACCGGGUCCUGCUUGGGGCACUGCAGCUGGUGCAGCCCGGGCUGCAUGCUCUGUAUGCCCGGGUGAAGCGGGUGGAGAGCAACCCCCUGUACCAGGGCAUGGCCUCCAGUGCUGACGUGGCCCUGGUGGAGCUGGACACUCCGGUGACCUUCACCAACUACAUCCUCCCCGUGUGCCUGCCUGAUCCCUCGGUGGUCUUUGACACGGAUAUGAACUGCUGGGUCACCGGCUGGGGAAGCCACAGUGAGCAAGGUAAGGGGGCCGCACAGGGACAGAAUAGGGGACGGGCCUCAGGAAGGCCCAGGGGUGACUCGGGCGGCCCCCUGGUGUGCCUCGUGGGCCAGACGUGGUUGCAGGCUGGGGUGAUCAGCUGGGGCGAGGGCUGUGCCCGCCAGAACCGCCCCGGUGUCUACAUUCGAGUCACUGCCCACCACAACUGGAUCCAUCGCGUCAUUCCCGAGCUGCAGUUCCAGCCAGCCAGCGCGGGAGGCCGAAGGCGUGACUCAAGGGCCCAGCAGCCCCUGGGUCAGAGCCCCGCACCCUGCCUGGCCGCUCACAGCACCCUGCUGGCCCUCACAGUGCUGCUCACCCACCUCUGAGCCCGCCAUCCGUCGUGCACACGUGUAAAUAGCCCGCCACGUCCCCUCUGACGCAGAGUUGUUUUUAUUUAUGUCUGCCCUCCAAUAAAAAUCC